UUUUGUACUUUCUUUUUUUAGAAUAUAACCAAAAACCCGUUGGAGUAAUAUAGAAUUCUACAAUGGGAGACAUCAUAAGAGAAACUAGAAAUCGUUCUAGAUCAAAAACACCAUUUCUAAGAUCACAAUGUGAUAGUGAGUCAUGUGCACAUGCUGGCGAAGAAGGGCACUCACAUCAUCAUCAUCAUGAAAAAAAGAAGAAAACUCCAAACGUUCAAACCAUCACAGAAGAAAUCGUUGAAGUAACAACAAAAGUCCCACCAUCUGCUGAAAAAUCUAAAAAAUCUGCAACCAAAACAGUAACGUCCACCAUAUCAUCGUCGUCCUCGUCAUCGUCUUCUGCAUCUAAAGCAAUAGAUAUUGGCAAAACAACAUCAAAAACAUCUGACUAUUCAAGUGAAGAUGCAAGUCCAGAAACCAUUGCUAGAAUUGCUCGAUUUAGUGCUGCAAAUAAAACAACAACACCCGAAAGUGUAGGACAAGCUCAAACAUCAUCUUACUCAAGCUCGACUACAACAACCAAGACAAUUAUAACUAGCUCUUCAGGCCAGAGAUUACAAGGAAAUAAAAAUAUCAAAAGUCUAACAUCAUCGGUUUUGACAUCGACACCAAAAGGUCUCCAGCAACAGAAUUUCUCAUUUGGUAAUCACAAAGAAAUCAGUCAAACUGAUUUACAGUCAGGCUUUGAAGGCAGCACCCAAUUCGGUGGCAGCAAUAUUAUUUCGUCAUCUAAGAAUUCCUUCAAAGAACAGACAAAUGGUAGUCUGGUUGAUCAUGUUGCCUACAAGGAAUAUAAAGAUGCCGGCGAAUAUUGGAACAAAUAUCCAAAAACAGAUUACACAUAUUCAAAACGCUCACCGCAUCGUCGAGAAAUUUGUCCCGGAGUUAUUGCCAUGCCAAACAUGUCCCGCUGCAGUCUGGAAAAUCAUCACGAUCGUGUGAAUGAAAUGAUUCAAAGGUCGCCAGCUCAAGAGGAAUUUAUUCGCCGGCGAUAUGCAUAUCAGACGACAAGUAGUAAUUCCUACAAUCGACGCGCUGCAGAAAAGCUUAUCUAUGACUCUCAGGAUGAGGUUGAUUUGGCACAGUUCGAAAGCUAUCGAAAAAACAAACGAUAUCUUUCGUCAAAUACCAGAUCUACAAUACACAAUGAAUCAUGGUACAAGCGGGUGGUAACUUCUGUGGUCACAACGAUCUUUAGUUUUUGGAGCGUAAUUACUGGUGGCAGCUCUGAGAGCGACCUUUACAAAACCAGAAUUGCACAAGAGGAAAGAGGUUUCUUUGGAAAAAUAAGUGAUGCUAUAUCGUCAGUGUUUAUCGGUUUGUUCCGGUAUAUUUACAUGGCAAUAUCAACAGUGCUAAGUCUUGACACAUGGCUUUUGAAGUCAUCGAACGCUGAAAACACUAACAAGAAACGAUUUCUUCUAUUGCUGCUUAUUCUUCUUCCUCUUUUACUGCUAGCUGGCCUUUAUUAUUAUUUGAAUCCUAAUGAACCUUUCCCGCCUAGAUCCUUAUCCGAAAUAACAUUCAAUUUACCAAAAGUUGAUAUAUCUGAGUUCUAUAAUCAAGAAAAGUACGAAGCAAUGAAAAGAAGUGCAUAUAAUGGUCUCGAUGAUUUGCGUGAUUAUACUCAUGAAUAUUUUGCUUAUUUAAAACAAGUUUCAAUGAAUAUUUUAGAUGAAGCUUGGGGUCUUCUCGAAGAUCAUGAACGUCACAAUCGCCUAGAAAGAGCUUAUAAUUUCUUGCCAUUAACAUUAGCUGGUUUACGUCAAACUAUGUCCAGCUUAGAUCUCAGAAAUCUCUUUACCCGUCCAAAUUUAGAAUCUAGUCAAUACAACAAAGUAAUCAGCGAAGAUAUAACGGGCAAUUUAAAGAAAUCCCUUAGCCCCGAAGAAUAUGAAACCAUAUUCAAUCAUGUAAAUAGCUAUGUACAAAAAUUAGUCGAUGCCAAAUUGGAACAACAAAAUGAACAGAAUAAAGCAACUUUGAUGAAACAACAAAAUGCUUUAUCUAAUGAAAUGCUUCUAACUAUCGCCACUACCGUUCGAGAAAGUAUACAAAAAUUAGAACCAAUUUUGGUUAAGAAAACUCAAAGUGAUUUGCUAGGUGAUAAAAUGAUGCAAAGAAUUGUCGAAAAUGUUGCAGUGGAACUGAAAGAGAGCCAAUGGAAGGAAUCUCCUCCUAGUGCUCCUGCGAUACUAUCAGAGGAAAAUAUUAAACAAAUCUCGCAAAUGAUUCAUGAAAAUAUCGAAAUCAACAAUCAUCAGUACAAUAUUAUCGAAAAAAUCGAUAUUGACGGUCUACUGUUGAAGAUCUUACAGUCUCCCAAUUUAGCAACAUUCGUAGAUUCUAGGAUUUUGCAUGCUAAACAAGAGUCCAGUGAAGCAGAAAAAGAAGUAAUUGCCCGUCAAGAACUAAUCAUCAAUGAAUUGAACAAAGAAAUUGAGUUUAUUAAGGCAACUCUGUCUGAUAAGUUGUCGGAAAACCAAGAUCUUCAUUACUCGAUCAGCAAUCUGAAACUUAGUCAAGACAAUUUGUUGAAACGGGUGGAUAGCCAUGAGUCGUUGGUUUCUAACCGUUUCGGAACACUCUUAGCUGAAAUCGAUGAAAAACUGUCUUUGCUAAGGAAUGAUCAGUUCGCCUUGAUCAAUAAACAGGUUAAAUCGUCACUGAUCGACAUCUUGGGUUAUAAAGACUCUGGGGAGGUUGAGAACAUUGAUUUACAGAAUUGGAUUCGCAAUACGUUUGUGGCUAAAGAAUUUCUAGAGCAGAAACUUAGUGAGCUUUCAGCACAAUCAAGCACCGAUAUGAAAAAAGAAAUCGAUCGUUCUGGAAUGAUUCUCAUGAAACAAAUUAGUGAAAAGUUGAAGGUGGAAAUUCUAAGGUCUGUCGACUUGAAGCAAAAGCAAAGUGCAGCUGAAAUAAGUGGCACAAUCAAAAUGGCUCUUUCGGAGAAUGAAAUUGAAAAGAUUGUAAGAGGAGUUCUUGCAGUUUAUGACGCUGACAAAACUGGUCUAGUUGAUUAUGCUCUGGAAUCAGCUGGAGGACAGAUUCUCUCUACUCGCUGCACGGAAAACUAUCCAAUCAAAUCAGCUCAGAUAUCAAUUUUUGGCAUCCCUUUAUGGUAUCCGGCGAAUACACCUCGAAUAGCAAUUUCGCCAAAUGUCCAGCCGGGUGAAUGUUGGGCGUUUCAGGGGUUUCCGGGGUUUCUAGUCCUUCGACUGAAUUCGAUGAUCCACGUAACGGGUUUCACUAUGGAGCAUAUUCCAAAAACACUUACACCAAACGGAAAAAUUGAUUCGGCUCCAAGGAAUUUUACAACUUGGGGUCUUGAACAUGAAAAUGAUCAUGAGCCAGUGCUCUUAGGUGAGUAUGAGUAUGAGGACAAUGAUUUACCAUUACAGUAUUUCCCAGUGCAACAAGACGUCAAUGGUCGUUUAUUCGAUAUCAUCGAAGUGAGGAUAGAGACCAACCAUGGAAAUCCUCAUUAUACGUGUUUGUAUAGGUUUCGAGUGCACGGGAAACCUCCAACGUUAGAAGUGUAAACUAUAGUAUAUAAAUGUAUAUUUAUGUGUUCAAUUAAGUCCCUGUGUCUAAAAAAUUAACUACUUAAGUUUAGAUUUUAAGUAAAUUGUGCUGCACAAUAUAACAAAAAAAAGCGAUCUAAAUACAAAUAUGAUUGGCAGCUUAUAAGCUCAGCUAAAAACAGGAUAUCUUGUUUAGACGCCUUAAUGUGCAGUUCCUCAACCAAGAUUAAGCAAAAAAUAAUAACUAUUCGUUAACUGUAAAUAAUAAUUUUAAGGAUUUUUUAACGCUGUUAAUAUUGCCGAAGUAGAUUCAAACUAAUGACUUAGAACAAUGUGCCUUAACAAUUAUUAACUGAAACUAAACCAUAAUUCAAAAUCAUAAGAUUUUAUCAAAAGAAUACAAAAGAAAAAAUAACAAAA